UUCACAUCAUGGCCUCUACCUUGUGAUCAAUCGAUACAGAAGUGAAGGCAUCGGUGAUGGUAGCAAAAUGAAUUGGCAUUGAGUUGCCCCGUCGCUGUAGUUGCCUGGAACCAUCACACCAUCCUCGACAAUGAACCGGCCGGUGCGCGGUAGUUCUUCUGCCGCCGCUCCAAAAACCACCCCGCGGGGAAAGGCAACGGCGAAGAAGGGAGCCAACAGUCCCGCGGGAGGGGUAAAGGCGGGUGGUCCAUCCGCGUCACGGGGUAACAAGGCAGGGACAUCACAACCGGCAGGAUCAGCCACGUCCAUUGUUCUUCCAGGAACUUCUACUUCGCCACUCAGUGAGGAGGAAGAAAAAGCAGUGCUAAACUUUUCGCAAGCGCUUAUCCGGCAGUUCGGCGCAAACGAAGAGAUUUUCACGCCGCAGCUCUUCGAGCGCGUUUGGCUCGACCUUGGCUCGACCUGGCGGGAGGUGGUAAUAUUACAGCCGCAAACAAGCAGACGACUCCCCGGGAGCAACCGCAAUUGGGGGUUAGCAACAGCAAAGAUCCCAUGAGCGGGACCAUGACCAGUGCGCGGACCGACAUAACGCAGUUGAACUCCCGAGACAAACUCUCCACGUCCGCAGAGCGUAUAGAAAUAAUUCAUAAAUAGAAUAAAUGCAUGCCCGGGCAGUAGCAGGCUAGCGAGCCUGUGAGCCUAGGCUGAGGCUGGACGGGCGAUAUUUUAUGUCUGUCCGAGCCUCGCCCUUUUCCGGUAGCCGGGACCUGAUGACUGUGAGGGCGAGCCUCUUCCCGUUCUGGGUUGAAGUUUAUUUGCCCACCCGCCCUCCCGGUUAGUUUUACGAGAUGAGCCAGUGGUCUGGGUCGGUAGUUACUUCGGAUGGGUCGCUGGGCCUCGCGCCGCUCCAAUCUGUGUUGGGGUAGGACAGAGGUCGCAAGAUAUCUCCCACGGCGGGGGUAGGUGCUUCCAGGGCGCCUCCUCGUGCGACGCAGUGGGAGAUGCUCCCAUCGAGCGAUCAUCCAUCGGGUGAUCCUUCCGCGGUGACUGCAUAAAAUCCACCUCUGGCCCUAGUCCCUUAUCUUUCGCGGCUAGUGCUGGUCUGCGGGUUUUUUUCCACCAGAAAGGCACGUCGACGUCGGGUGAUGUUGUCCCCAAGCGAUGAAGGACGAGGUAUAGAUACACUUCUAGACAUCCUGUCCUCUACAAUAAAAUCCUAUUCUAUCAUUAAACAGGCAACACUAGCAAGACGCCGGCGGCCGCAACGGGCGGGGCCGCGGCGCUCUCCGGGUCCGCGGAGAGCAACAAGCUGCAGAACUCCGGCGAGCAGCGAGAACAGCAGGCGAAGGCCGAGAGUGAGCAGAAGCAGCGGGAGCAGCAGGAGGCGUUUGCGAAGGAGAUCGACAAGAUGCGGGGGGAUAUGGAGAGAAAAAAGUUUAUCACAGUCACUAAUUUGCAGGGUUUGCAUUAGCAUCACAAAUUUUCCUUGUAUUGCAGAAACACUAGGGAAAUCCCUAAUAAAGUUUGGCUGUGAUGCAUUUUUACGCAUGACAAACAGUUUUGUAUUGCAAAAAUGCGCAUGAGUGAUCGUGACGAACUUUUUUUGUUUGAUAGGGGAUCUGGCGCAGCUGCGCCAGGAGCUGGGCGCGGAGAUCACGCGGCGCGAGGAGGCGGAGCUGGAAAGCGAGUACAAGGACCACAAGGUCCAGGUGGCGGAGUCGCGGUGCGCGAAGGCGGAACACGAGAAGAGAACCGAGGAGCUGAAGGCCAGCGAGAUGCAGCGCUGCCUCGAGUUGCUGCAGGAGGACGUGGUGAAGAAGACCCGGGAAGUUGAGCUCAAGUACCUGGAACAGGAGCGCAGGAUCGCCAUGCAGCAGGAGAUGUACUCGAAGAUGCACCGGCUGCAAAACUUCCUGCCCCCGAACAUCAUCCAAAAAAGUUUCCUCUCGGAUAUGAAUAUGUGAGCCGCCGCUAUUAUGGCGGUGGAACGACGGAGUCGGAAGGGAAUGGUUGACCUGCGAAAGGUAAAAGAAUGCCACGGAAGACUGCUAGAAUUACAACCGGCAGAUAAAAUAAAAGAUGACCACUGGAGGUGGACGCUGCUUGGUUCUAAGCUGUAUUUCUUGGUUCAAGUUGAGAAGUCUACUCAUCUUCUUGUUUUCCAUUCUUGGGAAUAAAUCAGGUGAAGUGCAAUCCAAAAAAGUCAUGGGCCCUCUCUGCUUCCCUUCUUCAACUUAUUUUUGCUCGUAGUUCUAGAUCUAGUUCUUCUUCUUCUGUAUUUGUUCACACGUUGUGGAUUCCUGGCGAAUCCACGGGCACGGAUUUAUUUAUAGUUCGUUGCGUAAAAAACUGUUUCAUGCUCCUUGUACAAGUGGUCACAAACACAAUCUAUAAAACUAAUCGGCACUAAUGUCUAGAACAAAACAGUAAAUAGGCACUCAGGUUCUGUGGACCUGCCCCUUUGAUCACACGCAGAGAAUAGUAAAACACGGAAACAGUUUAGUUCAUCGGAUUUCUGUACGAUACGUCGCUUGGAGGUCAAAACAUUUGUUUCAACAUUCAUUUUCCCUUAUUAUAAAAAACCAAAACAAAAAAAAAACCGAAGUACAUUCACACAGCAGGACUUUUUCACUCCUAGCUUCGGCAACAAAAAUGUGUACUAAAAAAAGUCGAAGAUACACGAGAACUUCAUCACUUUUACAUUUUUGGGUGUCAGCAUGAGCAUGAAGGAUUUGAUUGCGCACAUUGGAAUCAGUCGUCUACAGGUUUCUUGUACAAUGUGAGAAUCAGGAUACCGCAUCGUGUUCGUGACGCCGUCAGGGAAUGACCGUACAGGAUACCGCAACGUCGAUGAUCAGGAUACCGCAACGUCAGGGAAUCAGGAUACCGCAACGUCAAUGACCGUAGAGGGACUAGAAUGCCGCCCUCC